AUGCGUUCACAUGCAGGCGGACGGGGAGUCGGGACGCGGGUCGAAGACGGCGCGCAGGGCGGCCACGACAGCGGCGUCGUGCUGCGAGAGGCGCUCGCCCUGCCGGAACUCGUCUCGCCGUGCCAGCUGCGCCCACAGCCGCUCCGGACUCAGCCCCAGCGGCGUCUGCAGCAGCGCCUCCCAGUCCGGCGCCCACUGGCCCGCCAGCAGCUGCGCCAACAAACGGAGAGUGAGCGCGGCAUCGUGGUACCUCCCAAAUUCCGAACCAGAAAUCUGUAA